UUCAAUGCUGCGCUUCCCCUGCUUAAGGAAAAUCUCGCGAUGUUACUUGGAGGGUCAGAGUUCACAGUUAUACUCUGCACGCUCCCCCUCACCCAGUGAGUGGUACCUCUUAGCUAGUGAUUCCGGGUUCUUAUUUAGGUCUUUGAAAGAUGGGCGCUCUCCUUUGAGCGUCCAAAGCAUUGGGGUCAAAGUGUCACCCGGAUUUAAAGCUAAAAAAGGGAGUUUUGUCCAGUAGCCUUCUUUUUUGGUCGAGGGAACUGAGGCUCUGAGAGAUUGAAAGAUCUGCUCGAGAUCACAACCAGAAUUUGUGGAGAUCACUGGGAUGUUCAGGAUUUCUGAAAACAUAUUACAGAACAAUUACAUCAAAUUCACAGAUUCCUUUCACUUGGAUAUCCCUGGCACAAAGUCUUCAUAAAACACUUGCCUUUUACUUGUACAAUCAAAGAAACAGAUUUUCUACAAUGCCAGAAAUAGACAAGAACAAAAUUGACCCUGAGUUGUAUUCCCCACCUUCUCAAGUUCGUGGAAUGACAAAACUUGAUAGAACUGCAUUCAAAAAAAUAGUUACUAUUCCAGUACUUAACGUGAGGAAAGAAAUGGUAAAUAAAUUAGUGAGAUCCCUAAAAAAAGCACUACUACAACGUCCAGGCAUAAAACGAGUGAUUGAUGAUCCAAAGGAUGAAGGAAAUAAACUUGUUAUGUUGGAUCCUUAUAAAAUAGUUUCUGAUGAUUCCUUUGAAGAAUCUGAACGUCUUCUUUUAAAACAGCUUAAUGUUAACCCACAGAUCUCGUCAUAUAGUUUGGAGCUAACUUAUGAAAACUUUAAAACAGAAGAAAUCUUGAGAGCUGUGCUUCCUGAAGGUCAAGAUGUAACUUCAGGGUUUAGCCGCAUUGGACAUAUAGCCCAUCUGAACCUUCGAGAUCAUCAACUACCAUUCAAACAGUUAAUUGGCCAGGUUAUAAUUGACAAAAAUCAAGGCAUCACUUCAGUAGUAAAUAAAAUCAAUACCAUUGACAAUAUUUAUAGGAAUUUUCAAAUGGAAGUGCUCUCUGGAGAGGAAAACAUGAUAACCAAGGUUCGAGAAAAUAACUAUAUAUAUGAAUUUGAUUUUUCAAAAGUCUAUUGGAAUCCUCGUCUCAGCACAGAACAUAACCGUAUUACAGAAUUACUCAGGCCUGGAGAUGUUUUGUUUGAUGUUUUUGCCGGAGUGGGGCCUUUUGCCAUCCCAGUAGCAAAGAAAGACUGCACUGUAUUUGCCAAUGAUCUCAAUCCUGAAUCUCAUAAAUGGCUAUUACACAAUUGUAAACUAAACAAAGUAGACCAAAAAGUAAAAAUCUUUAACCUAGAUGGUAAAGACUUUCUUCAAGGACCAGUAAGAGAAGAGUUAAUGAAGCUGGUGAAACAAACAUCAAAAGAAAGAAAACCACAUGUGCACAUAGUUAUGAAUUUACCAGCAAUGGCUAUUGAGUUCCUUGGUAUUUUUCGUUGUCUUUUAGAUGGACAAAUCAAAAACAGUGAGCUGCUUCCCACAGUGCAUUGUUACAGUUUUUCUAAAGCUGAUGAUCCUGUCAAAGAUGUUCAACAGCGAGCUGAAGCUUUGUUAGGUGCUUCUUUAAAAGGAUGCAGUUCAGUUCACCUUGUAAGAAAUGUGGCUCCUAAUAAGGAAAUGGCAUGCAUCACCUUCCAGGUCCCAGCUUCUGUGUUGUAUGAGAAUUGGCCAAUGAACGAAGAGGAGCAAUUUCUGAAAGCUGAAAACCUAGAGGGACCUCCUUUUAAACGCCUAAGAACAAGCAAAACCUUAUUUGAAGAAUCAUAAAAUGGCUCACAAACAAGAUCAGAAGUAUUUUAUAUCUCCCUGUCUAUACUAAAAGUAAUUUGUAAUUCCCUAAGGCUCAUGUAUUAUAUCACUGGAGUAAUGGGACUAGAUAGUUUUCUUUUGCCUUUUAUAGUUUUCUUGAACAUUAUCGGAAUGACAUCUUUAUUGCAGAAUUAUAAACAUGAUUAAAUUAUUUUCACAAAAGUUUUUUUUUUUUUCCCCCUUUUGGCAAGAGAGGCUGUGACUACUUUCUUCUUCAUCACAAAUUUUAGGAGUCAUCACUUACCUUCAGUGUUUCAUUUGUUUCAAGUCACACAUUUUGUUAGUGAGAAUCACAUCCAAUAACAAAUAUUCCCUGAUUAUGAGGAUCAAGGAAGUGUUGUAGUACAGUUAAUACUCAGAUGGAAAAGAAAAGUAAAAAGAUUUCUAUACAUAAAUGAGCCCUAAUUUUAGUAAUUAGUAGGUCAUUAGUGAGUUUGGAGAAAGCUGUUUCAAAGGAAUAGUAUAGAUGGAGGCUAUCAAGGGUCAGAGGUAUAGAGAGGCAUUUAACCAUGGAGGACUCUAAAAGUUAAGCAAUUAAAGGAGGGAAGAAUAGCUUUAAGGAAUAGGGUCAAGGAAAUGUAUUUUAGCCUGGGGGUGGGGUAGACAUGAUCAUGUUAAAAUUGAAGAGAAAAAGAAUUCAGAAGAAAGGGAGAGAUUCAAGAUUAAUAAGAAAAAAGGAAUAAUUGCUCGAACUGUCACAGAAAAGGGAGGAAAUGGGAUCAAGUGUCCAGGUGAAUAAUAUAGAUAGUAAUUAGGACUACAUCUUAAGAAUAAAAGAUACUGAGUGUAGGAGAUUCAUGUGGCUUCAGACUGUAUUAGUUAGCUGCUGAGGGGACUGAAUAUAAUCGAGCUUAUGGCUUGAAGAAAAGAAUUGGAAUAGCUGCUGUGCAAAAUAUGACAGAAAGUGCUAAAAUGGGUCCUGUUGAGAGUACAUGGUUAUCAGUAGUAAUGGAUCCAGUCAACAUGAUUUCAUUGUUCUUUUGGCCAUUUAGGAAUAUAGAUCAAGGAAGCAAAUGGUGUAAAUUACCAAAGUUACCAGCACAGGAAUGAUCUCGGGUCAAUGGGAUUUGAAGUGGCUCAGAGAGUUAAUUCAACUAAACAGUAAACAUUAGGUGUCUGUCUCCUACAUGCAAAUUACUAUAGAAUACUUAAGAGCAGAAAAUGAGGCCAGAACCAGAGGGAGAAGGAACAAAAAGGUUAGGUGAGGAAUGGAUUUAAACAGAGUAAGGGAAUUAAAGAAAAAAAAAAUAGAAGACAGAAAACUAUAAUGAGGGAAAAGGAAUU